ACUGCGUCUGAGCGGCAGUCAGCGUUGCUCAAUGGGCUGGCGGAAUGUGCUGUAACUGAACCCAGCGACUCCCACAAUGCUUAGAGAGGGAAGGAGGGCUCAUUCAGAGGAGGCUGGGAUUUCUCUUCAAACAACUCCCUCCAGCUCGCCUUAUUGUUUUGUUAUUCGUGCACUUGCUCCUCCUGAGACAUCCUCCCCUGUCUCUUCCUGUUGAUGGGAGCUGUUGAAGAGAUGUCGCUUUCCAUAGCCUGGAAAUAAACAGAAAGUGCGCACUGCCGUCGCUGCUUACUUUCAACACCAGGUAGCACUUCUGUUUGAGGUCUUGUGAGUCAGAAGAGUGCUUUCAGAAACAAACAAUAAAGUUCUGGGUAGAGUUUUCUCUCCCGGCCUCCUAUGGCCUCCCUGCCCGAAUCCUCAGUCCAGGCAUGACCGUCACCCCUAAGAAGCAUAGCUCUCAGCCCGGUUGCUCCUCUUACGCCAACACCAGUCCAAGAUCCGGUCCAGUGCAGAUGGAUGAGGCAGAUGGCCUGCGUUUGAAGCUCUCCUCUGAGGACUCCGUGUCGCUGGUUCCCUCGUUGGCUGAGCCCAUCAAUCUAGAAGAUUCCCAUUAUGCUCUGCUGCAAGGCGAUCUCGAGUCCAACGCACAGCACCUGGAAGCAGAGUCAUGGAGCGUGGCUGUGGACCAGAACUACCUGAAGGCCCUGAACAGAGAGGCUGUUAAAAGACAAGACGUCAUCUAUGAGUUUAUCCAGACGGAGAUGCACCAUGUACGCACCUUAAAAAUCCUUCUGCAUGUCUACAUGCAUGAGUUGAGACAGUCUUUGCUGAUAGAGGAGGCCAAGCUGGAGCGGCUCUUCUUUGGAGUAGAAAGCCUGCUCAACCUCCACCAGCACUUCCUUAACUGCCUUAAAGCUCGCCAAAACGAAAGUCAAGAGGACGGAAACCCAAACAACUAUCAGAUCACACAGCUAGGAGACAUUCUCAUCUCUCAGUUUUCAGGUACAAUGGGAGAAGGAAUGAUCGAGUGUUACAGUGUUUUCUGCAGUCAUCACAAUGAAGCCAUCAGCUUCUACAAAGAGCAGCUGCAGAACAACAAGAAAUUCCAGAACCUUAUUAGAAAAAUAGGCCAGCUGCCCCUUGUGCGAAGGUUGGGAAUCCCUGAGUGUUUUAUGUUGGUGACCCAACGCAUCACAAAAUAUCCCAUCCUGGUAGAGCGAAUCCUACAGAACACCGAAGCGGACACAGACGAGUACAAGUCUCUGGUGCAGGGUUUGGCGCUGAUCAAAGACGCCAUCUCCCAGGUGAACGAUCAGGUCUGUGAAUACGAGAAAGCUGCUCGCCUGAGAGAUAUCAGCCUGCGUCUGGAGCCAAAAUCUCAGGUCCGGCUGAAGGAGGGCCAGCUGUUCCGCAGGGAGGAUCUGCUCCAGGUAAACAGGAAGCUGCUGCACGAAGGGCCCGUCACAUGGAAGUCCUCCGGUAGACAGAAAGACGUCCACGCUGUGCUGCUGUCAGAUGUCCUCCUCCUCUUACAAGAGAAAGAUCAGAAGCUUGUGUUUGCUGCUGUGGAUAACAAACCACCAGUGAUCUUACUUCAAAGGCUGAUAGUCAGGGAAGUGGCUCAUGAGGACAAAGCCAUGUUCCUUAUCUGUGCGUGCACCACCAGCAUGCCAGAGAUGUAUGAGAUCCACACGGGAUCCAGAGAGGAACGUAUCAUGUGGACGGCGCUGAUACGGGAGGCUGUGAACCGCUAUCCAGAAGAGGAGCUGUACCGCGAACUGACUGCUAGACUGCAGCAGUUUCAAGAUGUUCUAAAGAUAAGGGAUGACAUUAUAAAGCAAAACCUGUUAGAGAAACAGCAGAUCUUUGCUGCUCUCUAUGAGACUGUGAUGGAGCAGGAAGCCCCCCACAAAGGGCUGCUGCUCCGAGGAGACGCCACUGACCUCCAGCAGGGGGAGACGCUGCUAAAAGGAGCCAUUGAUGAGGUGGAAAACCUGCAAAACUUGCUCUUCUCAAGAAUAAGCGAUCCAAAUCUUCUCAAGGAUGAGGGCAGCCAGCAGCUGAGGAAGGCUGAAAAUUUUCAAGUGAUGGACAGUAACGCCGUUGCAAGCACCGUGAAAAAUGGCAACGCAGCUGAGGGGCCCGCUGGCAGCAAGGACAAUGCAGUGUGCAGCAGUCAUGACACUCGUGGCCCUCAGCUCCAAGAAAUAUACUACUCUGAGAGCCUGGAAGAAUCUGCUGAUGAUGACACACAUGUGCCAAACAGCAGUUUAACCUCCUGUGAUUUCCCUCAGGCAGAGGUGUGUGACAGGGUGAUACUGCUCGCACAGAGGCUGUACAGCUUACAAGCCAUCAUCGCCCAGCAGGACAGCCAGAUUGAGCUGCAGCACACCUUUCAGUCAAAGAGCAAGCAGCCCGCUCGACACUACAGCAGUGUGCUGCUCGAGCAGGAGAAGCAGCGGAACUUGGAGAAGCACAAGGAGGAACUGGCCAACUUGCACAAGCUGCAGGCCCAGCAUCGAGAGGAGCAGCAGCGCUGGGAGAAGGAGAAGGAGCGGCAGAGGAUACAAAUCGAGACCCUGGAGGCUCAACUGCAGCAGAGGGAGGAGGACUGCCGAAAGUGGGAGGAGAAGCUCAGUGAGGAGAAGGCCGAGCUGGAGAAGCAGAGAGAAAACUAUCAGCAGGACCUGGAGAGGCUGAGGGAGUCCACAAAAUCAGUAGACAAGGAAAAGGAGCGUCUGAAUCAGGAGAAGGAACGUCUUGAGCAGCAGCUGGAGAAAAUAAAGAAGCUGAUCCCAAACCCCGGACACUCCAGUUAUGAUGAUCCUGCACAAUACUUGAACCUCUCCAGCUACGCGUCAUUCAGAGGAGGCACAGUGAACGGAGGUGGGAGUCUGGCCUUACUGCCAAAGAUCAAAGCCUUGUCUGCCACCUCAGACCACACGGAGGUUCCUCCAAAGGUUCCACCUCGCAGGGAGAGCAUCAUCUCCCAGCUGCCCAAGCCCGAGCUUCCCAUCCAGCUGAUCAGCACCACCAACCAGGUGCACAAGCCUGCGCCCGUGCAGCAGCAGAUCCCCACCAAGCUGGCUGUGCUGCCCAAGGGGAAGGAGAAAGCCUUCAAAAAGGGGUCCCACCAGAGAACGCACAGUGCAGCCUCGAUAGAUGUGAACCAGGUGCUGCCCAUCCGGGGGAAAGAAGGAGGCAGUCUGAGAGCCAAAAGGAGGAGCAGUCCUCAACGAAUCUACCAUUCAGGCACCUUCAACCCACCGGGAUCCAGCCGCAGUGUGAAAACGUCUCAGUCCUUUAGCACAUUAAACAAGGGCGGCAGUGAGGCUUCACCCCCUGCACCACCUCCUUUUCCCAAAGAUGUUCUUGAAACAAGCAAAGAGAAGGUAAUAUUCCUUUAAUCUCGAACUCCCGACUGGACUGUGGACGAGGCCUUGUGCGCCAUAAAGACUGAUGGAACUGUUGAAAGACAUUUGACAUGAAUUUACGAUGUCCAUGUCUGUAGCAACAUGAAGAGUCAUGUCACCAUGAUGGAAUUUUAUCGAUGGAAACGAGCUGUUUGCUCCCGGAUUAACUGAACUUGGAAAAAGCAAAAUAUUUAUGAAAAGCCCAGUUAGACAUUGGGAAACCUGUUUUAAAUGGAGAUGAAGCGAAAACAGAAGACUUUGCCAAAAAUGUUUAUAAGAAGUUCUUUUUUUUUUAAUCAUUUUUAUUUUAAAUGAAUGUAGGUUGUCUUUAACCAUUUAGCACUCGUGUCUGAACUCUAAAGCCUUUGUUUUAAUUUAAUGAACGAUGGAACACUUUCUAAGGAAGCUGCAGAUGUACGAAGUUCACAUCUGUGUAGAGACGAAGCGCCAAGCGCAACAUUUUUAUCUCAGUAAUAAUCAGAUGACCUUAACAAUUUGUACUGUGGUCCUGCUCGUCAGUACGCGCUGUAAUCAUUAUAAUUCAUAGGGUAUGUGGAACAAAAUGGCUGUGAACUUUAUUGUUUGCAAAUACUAUGACGUCUUUUAUGCACUCCCUGCCUGGAGACGGUGACACGACACACCAGCAGGGUUUUAUCAGACAGCUGCUGAAGACAUUUAUGAGAAUGACUGUCAUUUACUGUUAAAUAAUGUUGUCACAUGACUAAACCUUAAGCAUUAUGUUGAUGAUUUUCUCUGGCAGACACGCAUUGACUGCUGUCACCUUUUGCUGCCCUGUAAAAAUUUUUCCAAGUCCCAGCUUAUGUGUCAUGGAAUAAAAAGGUGGUUGGCUUGAAA